AUGGCCUGGCACAUUAAGGAGGAAGUGUUGUCGAUUAAAGGAGAAAGUACGCGUAGCCUUUCCAAAGUUGAAUCAUUUGAAAAGAUCGAUAAGAUGGAAGAAGUUCUGAAAUUUGCCUGUGAGCUGUCAACAGAAGCCGCGUGCGCAGUUUUCCAUCAUGUGGGGUCUGUUGGAAGUAAGGAAUCUGUGUCGGAAUGUGAUUUCAUUGAGCUGCUACUGGAGGAUGAAGAACUGUCUCGAAAUGAAGAACUUUAUCUUGAGCUUAUCUCGCAUAGCUACGUUUGUUGUUCGGCCAAGAAGAGGCUGGAUCUCUACUCAGUGUUUCCCUCUUGCACCGGAGGUGUUUUUUUGUAUCUUGAUUCUAACCAGGUGAACAUUACUGCAAAUGAACAUUUGCUGAAAUCUGGCAUGAUACCCGACUUUAUAUUUUUCCAUGACUACGAAAAUUCAGAGAAAAGCUAUCGAGACUGGAUCACUAUAGCGGAGGACACAAAUGCAGUAUUUUUGAGCUGUUCGGGCGAAAAGAAAGCUGCAGAUUUACUGAAGAAGUUCCCGCGUCGUUAUUUGGGCGAGUUCUUUUUGAAGAGAGAGAGAAAAAUCGUCGUUUAUGUUAAUGAAAUACACGUAGAAAAAUAUGGUAGCACUUUUCCGACUGAAAUGCUGCGAGAGCUCAUUUCGCCAACAGCAGAGUCUACUCAGGUGACGCGUCUUGUUGAUCCGUUAAAUGAACACGACAGCGAAACAGCUUCGAGUUUGACUCAGAACACUGAUAGCAUCACUGGUCCUACUCCUCAGAGCCUUUCCUGUGUGAAGCGGAUCUCUAUUUUACAAGCAGAAAGGCAAGAGAUAAAGAUGCUGGCUGAUUUCUUACCACUUUUCACUGCUCUGCGAUGUAUAGUUAUUUUUGGUAAACCCUCUGAAAUCAUUGAUGCUCAGUUGACAGAGACCAUGGUGUCUCGUAUUAUCUUCACUGACAGACUUGACACAUUAGUACUUUCUAAUAUCAAUUUAACAGCCAAACCUGCCGCAGUCAUCGCCAGAUCUCUACACCAGGCUCCUGACCUGCAACACCUCAACUUGUCAAAGAACCCUCUUGGUGAAGGAGUAAGUGUUCUUAUUCAACAUCUCAGCCGUGUUCCUCACCUGGGGAGGCUGAGGCUUUCUGAUGUUAAAAUGACAAAGCAACAAGUGAAUGAAUUGAGUGCAGCUGUACGUCAGAGUAACAUCUCGUUGGACACACAAUACCACGAUCGCAAAGGGAAUGUCAAACCUGAAGAAGAAUGGCCAACAGAUGAAUACUGGGAAGAUCAUUGGAGCGAAUCAGAAGAAGAGUCACAUCCUGGGUCAGGUAUCAACUCAGGUGAUGAGGAGGAGCCUGGGUCAUUUACCGCCUCAGGUGAUGAGGAGGAUCUUGGGUCAGGUACUGACUCAAGUGACGAGGAGGAUCCUGAGUUAGUUAUCAACUCAGGUGACGAGGAGGAUCCUGGGUCAGUUACUGACUCAGGUGACGAGGAGGAGCCUGGGUCCUGCCUGGAAACAUAACUGACUGGGACUGACUCAGUAGACCGCCUGAAACUAAGGAAACUUACCAUUGGCCAGAACUGUCAGGCCAGACCAGUCCAUCCAUUGAUAGAAUUCCUUCAGAUCUGCUCAGUUAGAGAAGUCAAUACCUAAGUUGUAGUCAUUGUGUUGAACAAAAUUUGAAAACAAGGUUAGGAAACCUGAUUAAACAAAGUCCAUUUCAAGAUUAUUGGUCGGUUUGGUAGGUUUCUGACCAAUGGUGGGAGACUUCAGUGUGGUGAUCAAAUGAACAAACAAUCAACUGUUGGAUGAAAGAUAAGGAAAUAUAUUCUUAGAGUCACUUAGCUUAGGUAAAUUGGUACCCUCACCAACAUGGUAACUCCCUCCCACAACAUCGCUAAGAACAUGUGGGAUGUUCCUCUGGAGUCAGAGUGUCUCAUUCUUGAAAUUGAUUGUUGGAUUUGGAUAUAUUUUAGGUUAUUUUUCGAUGUCCAAUAUUGUUGGUUGUAGUGUGGAUUUACAGC